GCUCUGGAUGUUGACCGAACUGUUCUCUAUAAAAUGAAGAAAUCUGUCAAAGCCAUAAACUUAUCUGGUCUGGCUCACGUGGAAAAUGAAGAACAGUAUACACAAGCACUGGAGAAAUUCGGAGGCAACUGUGUUUGCAGGGAUGACCCAGAUUUGGGAACAGCGUUUUUAAAAUUUUCUGUGUUUACAAAGGAAUUAACUGCACUCUUCAAAAAUUUGAUUCAGAAUAUGAACAACAUAAUCACUUUUCCAUUGGACAGUUUGCUGAAGGGAGAUCUGAAAGGAGUAAAAGGGGACCUGAAAAAACCCUUUGAUAAAGCUUGGAAGGACUACGAAACGAAAGUUACAAAAAUAGAGAAGGAGAAAAAAGAGCAUGCUAAGCUGCAUGGGAUGAUCCGUACAGAAAUAAGUGGAGCUGAAAUUGCAGAAGAGAUGGAGAAAGAAAGAAGGUUCUUCCAGUUACAGAUGUGUGAGUACCUGCUGAAAGUCAAUGAAAUCAAGAUUAAAAAAGGAGUGGACUUGCUUCAGAACUUGAUCAAGUAUUUUCAUGCUCAGUGCAAUUUCUUUCAGGAUGGGUUAAAAGCAGUUGAAAGUCUGAAGCCUUCAAUUGAGACACUCUCGACAGAUCUUUAUACAAUUAAACAAGCACAAGAUGAGGAAAGAAGACAAUUAACACAGCUUAGAGAUAUUUUAAAAUCAGCACUCCAGGUUGAUCAGAAAGAGGAUUCUCAGAUUCGUCAGAGUACAGCUUACAGUUUACAUCAGCCUCAGGGAAACAAGGAACAUGGCACUGAACGAAAUGGUAGUCUGUACAAGAAAAGUGAUGGAAUCAGAAAAGUGUGGCAGAAAAGGAAAUGCUCAGUUAAAAAUGGUUUUCUUACAAUUUCCCAUGGUACAGCUAACCGACCUCCAGCAAAGCUCAAUCUGUUAACCUGCCAAGUGAAAACAAACCCAGAGGAGAAAAAAUGUUUUGACCUCAUAUCACACGACAGGACGUACCACUUUCAAGCAGAGGAUGAACAGGAAUGUCAAAUAUGGACAUCUGUGCUACAAAACAGCAAAGAGGAAGCUUUAAAUAAUGCAUUCAAAGGAGAUGAUAACACAGGAGAAAAUAAUAUUGUCCAGGAACUGACAAAAGAAAUUAUAUCUGAAGUCCAGAGGAUGACUGGAAAUGAUGUCUGUUGUGACUGUGGAGCACAAGAUCCUACCUGGCUUUCAACGAAUUUGGGAAUUUUAACUUGCAUUGAAUGCUCAGGAAUCCACAGAGAACUUGGUGUUCACUAUUCCAGAAUGCAAUCACUUACAUUAGAUGUGCUGGGAACAUCUGAACUUUUG